AUGGGGAAGAGGUAUCAUGAUAAUCAUGAAAAGCACAGUUCCUCUCGCAAAUACCGUCACCGUAGUCGUUCACGUUCACAUGGACGUGACAAAGAACUGCGUAUACAAAUGAAACCUCUAGUACUUGCUUCAGACAAUGAGUCAAGCCGACAGAAUGAAAUCAGUUAUAUUCAAGGAUCCAGUUUUACGCAGAAAAGUUUUUCUUCUUCACGUAAAGAAACCGCUAUAAUCAAUCCAGACAGAUAUUCACGAUCGAUAGGGAGUAUCAGUGCAUCUUCUGGUCAUUACUCUUCAAUGCUUUCCGAAAGAGCUCAUGAGGCCGCUAUAUUUGGACUCUCUUCCGUCCCUAUACCUUCUGUCCUCGGUACUGACCCAUCUGAGGCCAAAGAUCGAUUAGUAUCCUCUAUGGAUACUGUGAAACAAUUAAUGCAUCAUUCGCUUGAUAAAUCUGAUUCUUCUGUAUGGGAUACUUGGCUAGUUAAACUUACUUCAUUCAAGGAACGCAGAGCAAAUAUACUUCCCUCCACUACUAAUAUUCAGAAGAGGAGAAUCAAUGGCAUCGGAUAA